UAUAUAACUCUGUGUCAGAAGGCCUGUGUGUCUUGAUUGUGUUGCUUUUUCUGUUUCUGCCUCCAUCUGUAUGUCACCAUCAAGCUGCAUGUAUCUGGAUAUUUAGCUAUGUGGUGUGUGUAUGUGAUUAUAUUUGAGUAAGUCUCUAUGUGUGUGUCUGAAUGUAUGUCCCUGUGAGUCUCUGGCUCUGUGACACUCUCAGUCUGAGAAUGUGGGACUAGAUGAGGAGUUCUCUAUGGGUUUGGAACAUGUCUCCGAGUGAAGAUGACCGUUUCUGUGAUCCUGGCUUGCUCUCUCUCACUCUGUCUUUGAGCCUUUGUGAGUUUAUUUCUGAGUUUCUGAGUGUCGGUCCCUGGCACUCCGCUGUUUACUUUACACUGGCUGAGCAUCAACAAUGCUUAGGGUGCCAGGCAGAGGACUUUCUGCCUCAGUUCUGGCACUCCGUGUGAAUCAGAGCUAGUCGACAGAAAGGACCAAGGCUGAAGGAUUUGGGAGCUGUUAGGAUUGAGGCAAAAUGUACAGGAGGGCACGGGAGGCUCUGGGGACUCUGGCGCAUGGCAGUGGUGCCCCUGGCCCUCCUGCAGGUCUGCCUGGCCCUGAGGGAGUUCCCUUUCUGAAGCUGUGGAGCUCGGACGGCCUGCCCUCAACGUGCUGGGCACCUGAAGGUGUCCCUCGAGAGCUUAGUUUUGAGGUUCAAGUCAGUGUGGCCAUGAAGUGGCUGCCUACUGGGCUGAUGCUGUGACCCUGGAGUCUGCCUUUCCUGCCAGUCCCCCUGCCCGGAACAUGUGGCUGUGGCUUGGCCUGCCCUUGCUGUCCCUGAGCCCCCAGCCCACAGUUGGCCGGAGCCUGUGCCUCACCCUGUGGUUCCUCGGCUUGGUGCUGAGGGCCAGUACGCAGGCCCCAGCACCCACAGUCAAUACUCACUUUGGGAAGCUCAGGGGUGCCCGGGUACCAUUGCCCAGUGAGAUCCUGGGGCCUGUGGACCAAUACUUGGGAGUGCCCUACGCAGCUCCUCCGAUUGGCGAGAAACGCUUCCUGCCCCCUGAACCACCCCCGUCCUGGUCUGGCAUCCGGAACGCCACACACUUCCCCCCAGUGUGCCCCCAGAACAUCCACACAGCGGUGCCCGAAGUCAUGCUGCCUGUCUGGUUCACUGCCAACUUGGAUAUCGUCGCCACUUACAUCCAGGAGCCCAACGAAGACUGCCUCUACCUGAAUGUCUAUGUGCCCACGGAGGAUGUAAAGCGGAUUUCCAAGGAAUGCGCCCGAAAGCCCAACAAGAAAAUUUGUAGGAAAGGAGGAUCCGGCGCUAAGAAACAGGGCGAGGACUUAGCGGAUAAUGACGGGGAUGAAGAUGAAGACAUCCGGGACAGUGGCGCUAAGCCCGUCAUGGUCUACAUCCAUGGAGGCUCUUACAUGGAAGGGACAGGCAACAUGAUUGAUGGCAGCGUCCUCGCCAGUUAUGGCAACGUCAUCGUCAUCACCCUCAACUAUCGGGUUGGGGUGCUAGGUUUCCUGAGCACUGGUGAUCAGGCUGCCAAAGGCAACUAUGGGCUCCUUGACCAAAUCCAGGCCCUCCGCUGGGUGAGCGAGAAUAUCGCCUUCUUCGGUGGUGAUCCCCGCCGUAUUACUGUCUUUGGCUCUGGCAUCGGCGCAUCCUGUGUCAGUCUCCUCACGUUGUCACAUCACUCUGAGGGGCUUUUUCAGAGGGCCAUCAUCCAAAGUGGUUCUGCUCUGUCCAGCUGGGCUGUGAACUACCAACCAGUGAAGUAUACCAGCCUGUUGGCUGACAAGGUGGGCUGUAAUGUGCUAGACACAGUGGAUAUGGUGGACUGUCUUCGGCAAAAGAGUGCCAAGGAGCUGGUGGAGCAGGACAUCCAGCCAGCCCGCUACCAUGUGGCCUUUGGUCCUGUGAUUGAUGGUGAUGUCAUUCCUGAUGACCCUGAGAUCCUCAUGGAACAGGGUGAGUUCCUCAACUAUGACAUCAUGCUAGGCGUCAACCAGGGCGAGGGCCUCAAGUUUGUGGAAGGGGUAGUAGACCCUGAGGAUGGCGUCUCUGGCACUGACUUUGACUACUCAGUCUCCAACUUUGUGGACAAUCUGUAUGGAUAUCCUGAGGGUAAGGAUACCCUGCGGGAGACCAUCAAGUUCAUGUAUACAGACUGGGCAGACCGUGAUAACCCUGAGACCCGCCGUAAAACACUGGUGGCACUCUUCACUGACCACCAGUGGGUGGAGCCCUCGGUGGUGACAGCUGAUCUGCACGCACGCUAUGGCUCACCGACUUACUUUUACGCCUUCUAUCAUCACUGCCAGAGCCUCAUGAAGCCUGCUUGGUCUGAUGCAGCUCAUGGGGACGAAGUACCCUAUGUUUUCGGUGUCCCGAUGGUGGGCCCCACUGACCUCUUCCCCUGCAACUUCUCCAAGAAUGACGUUAUGCUCAGUGCUGUUGUCAUGACCUACUGGACCAACUUUGCCAAGACCGGGGAUCCCAACAAGCCGGUCCCCCAGGACACCAAGUUCAUUCACACCAAGGCCAACCGCUUUGAGGAAGUGGCCUGGUCCAAAUACAAUCCCCGAGACCAGCUCUACCUUCACAUCGGGCUGAAACCGAGGGUCCGUGAUCAUUACCGGGCCACUAAGGUAGCCUUUUGGAAACACCUGGUGCCCCACCUAUACAAUCUGCAUGACAUGUUCCACUAUACGUCCACAACCACCAAAGUGCCGCCCCCGGAUACCACCCACAGCUCCCAUAUCACCCGGAGGCCCAACGGCAAGACCUGGAGCACCAAGCGGCCAGCCAUUUCCCCUGCCUAUAGCAAUGAGAACGCCCAAGGGUCCUGGAACGGGGACCAGGAUGCAGGGCCACUCUUGGUGGAGAACCCUCGUGACUACUCCACUGAAUUAAGUGUCACCAUCGCUGUCGGGGCCUCCCUCCUGUUCCUUAAUGUUCUGGCCUUCGCUGCCCUCUACUACCGUAAGGACAAACGACGUCAGGAGCCCCUGCGGCAGCCUAGCCCUCAGAGGGGAACCGGGGCCCCCGAAUUGGGAGCUGCUCCUGAGGAGGAGCUGGCAGCAUUGCAGCUGGGCCCCACUCACCAUGAGUGUGAGGCUGGUCCCCCCCACGACACACUGCGCCUCACUGCGCUGCCUGACUACACACUGACCCUGCGACGCUCCCCUGAUGACAUUCCACUCAUGACUCCCAACACCAUCACUAUGAUCCCCAACUCCCUGGUAGGGCUGCAGACGUUGCACCCCUAUAAUACCUUUGCCGCGGGAUUCAACAGUACUGGGCUGCCCCACUCACACUCCACUACCAGGGUAUAGCUCCAGCCAGAGCACAGCCUAUCUCCUGCUCCCUCCCUCCCAGAUCCACGAACACACAUGUGCACCUGCGUGCACAUACACACACACACACACACACGCACGCACGCACACAGACACGUACAGACAUAUAUGUAUACGCACGCAGCCACACCCGACAGACAGCAGACCCACCUGCACAAACAUAGACAGAUGUGGACAUGCACCCGUAUGUACAAAAACACAAAUAAGGAAGUAAACCUGAACCAACCCUUCAAAUGGGGACGCAAGUGAGUCCUUGGGAAACUGAAGACCCGUGGAACAGCAGCUGAAGCCAGCUCCCUGAGUCUGACCACAGACAUUCCUGGGGGCCCGAAAGCACCAGCUGGACACCCCCUUGGUGCUCGCCCUCUGCCUCCCUUGGAACUGCACCACCGACCAACUCCAGACUUGGGAGCUUUAAAGAGCAGGGCAGCUCUUUCUCCCCCAGACUUGGUCUUUUUUCUGGGUCUUGUUUUUGUUUCUGUUUUUUAAAAUUUUUGGAACAAAAGCUUCUUCAAUCUGUGAGUGCAAAGAACUCUGGAAGGGGAGGGCCCCAGGACCAGGGCUCUCUGGCUCUGGAACCCCCAGUGCUCACACGAUCUGACCAAGAAACGGGACCCUGAAACAGAUUUGAGCAAGACCGCUGCGUGGAAGGAGGAAGGGGUGACCGCUGGACAGGGUUGGAGGGCCAUAGGGGAGAACUCUCCAGCCAUCUCUGUGUCCCUGUGAGGGGCUGCAGAGACCACAGGGUAGAUUUGCCGAACGAGGUUCUGUGGAGGCCAAGUCAUUAGUGGCCCCCCCGGGUAUAAUCUGGGUUCUGCCUCUGCCCUUGGGGUAAUGCUAUCAGAAAUUCACCCCAUUUUCUUUACGGAGUCUCUUUUGUGUCUGUCAUUUCUCUUUCAAAAAGGCGUUGUUUUUUGUUGUUGUUGGCUUUUUUUUUUUAAAGAAAAGUUCUUAAAACACUAACGGAAACCCAUGGAGUUUGUCCUUUGUAAAAAUUUUAAACACAGUGUCUUGAUAUAAAAAUAAAAAAUCCAGUUAGCACUCCCAACUUGCCUCCCUUGCACAGGCCUUGCCCCUGACUUCCCAGCUGGGUGCAGGCUAGGAAUCACAGCAGGUCCCUCCCUCCUAUGCCUUUAAGCUGGUACAAGGCUGGGCUGUGCUCUGCGGGGACCAGCACUGAGGCAUCUCCAACCUUAUGCUGCCCCCACCCUCACCCUGCCCCCCAAGGGUCUGGGUUCCUGCAGCUGAAGCCUUAUCUCAACACCUCUGGCCUCCUAAUGAAAGGGCAAAAAUAACACUUCUGCCUCCACUGCAUGCCAUCACAGCUGCCCGCCACUGCCACCAUUGCCACCACCCUGCCCUCAUCCAGGACUAGGGUCUGGAAGGAGGUUUGACUUCUAACAUGCUGCAAUUCUUACUGGUAUCUGGAUCCAGUGUGCCACCAGAUGUGUGCGCUCCCUGGCCUUGGUCGGCUGGCACAGGAGGGCCCCCUCCUCCCCAGGGAUGCUUCUGUCCUCUUCUGAGAAGUCACUGGGGUCCUGGGAGCAGUUUCUCUCAAAGAUUGUGAUCCGUGGCUCCCUAUCAACCCUGGGGCUCCACAGGGUUGGCAUUGUGGCGUUUCCUAUUAUUCUCAGUGACUUGAAGGACUGAACCAGGAGCCUGCUCACCAAGUAUGACAGUUGGGUGGGGUUGCUGACACCUCAGAAAUCAGGAAUAGAAUUCUUCAAAGUGACCCUGACAAAAUGAGGGAGAUGAACCAACACAACAGGAUGGUGUGCAGAGGACACCAAACCCGAGAACUGACUUGACACACGGUAUAGUUAGGAAAAAGAAAGGGGGUGGUCAGAGUGGGUCACAAUUGAAUGAGUCCAUACUGUAGAACUCGUUUCUCCUCCCUCCCUCCCUUCCUGUUUUCUUUCCAAAACUAAUGUGACUACUAGCAUAUAAUAACAAACAUAUAGCAUGGAGUUGUUGGGAAGUAAUCAGAGUCUGAGGUUUAGAAUUAGAAGUAACCUCAGUCAUCCAGUCCAACCCAGUUAUUUUACAAUUGGGGAAAUGGGCCCAGAAAAGGCCAAUGUCACAGUUAGUGUUAGAAACAGACCUAGAAUGCAGUCCAGAAAUAUAUGACCUUCCUCAUGGUCCUCAGCUUUUUUCACUCUACCUAGCAUCGGUUAGGCCUUUUAAAGCAUUAAUGGGUCUGCCUUUGGUCAACACGUUUGGCGUAUGUGGAAAAGCUGGAGAGAGUCUGGACAAGAGCAGAAACCAUGUGCCAAAGGACUAGCUUUUGUCUUUUUUUAAUUUAGAAAAGAGAGAGAUGAUGAGGUAACAUUCAAUAAUUAUCAAGCACCUAAUAUGUGACAAGUGUGCUAUAUCACCUUCAAAAUUUAAACUCCUAAAUAAGGACAGAGCUGAGGGUCUGUUCUCCAUUUCUUCUGAGAAUGAUAGAGAGAUAAGAUUAAAUUAGAUACAAAGAAAGACUUCGCUGUGGAUAGGAGGUAAUCAUGGCACUUAGUAAGUCCUCAGUAACAGUGGCCAAAUUGAAUGAAUGACUACUGAGGAAAAUACUGGUGUUUUUCUACCUGAAAACAGAGGACUGGGUUACAUGACCUUUCGAGGUCAGAGUCCUCAUUAUUAUAAUCCUUUGAUUGCUCCAUCUCAGAUAUUACCAAACUGGGCCUCUUCUUCUGGAGUGUGUGUGUGUGUGUGUGUGUGUGUGUGUGUGUGUGUGCCUCCAAAUUAGGAGGCUCUCUAUUUGGGGAGGAUUUAGACAUCGCCUCUCCUUGAAGAACACAAGGUGCUAUAGCAGAGCCAGCUCCAAUCCUAGUUGGGACCCAUCUGUUAGAGAUUAUAGUUGGUCUUCACACCUUUGAAAGGGGUGCAUGGAAGAGGUGACCUCCAAGACAGUCAGACCUGGGUCCACGUAGCUCCAGUGUUCUCAGCCCCAUUGCUGAUGGCCAGCCCUGAGCCCAGCUACAAAGCCCAGCUCCUUGUCUGAAGAGGGGCUGAGGACAUACUGGGGUUUUAUUUCAUAUUGCAAAAAUCAUUAGUGCCUCGACUGGGUUCAGCCUGCAUUCCUAGAUUUACCUAGUUUCUAGAUUAGUCCUUUGGGGAACUGGACACAGCGAACUUGUGGUGUGUGUGAAGGGCCAAGCGUUGGUCACUGUGAAAACCUCCAUAGGAAGUACCUAUGGUUUACCAGGACUGUAGGCCGGUCCCUGUGCUAAUUUAUAUACUAUAGAGGGAUAGAAGAUACCCCUUUGGGGUGCACACUGUCAGGAAGACAAAAGUGAACUAUGAUAAAAUGAAUGAAACGCAUAAUCUAGCAUGUCACUUCAAUUGUAUGGUCAAGGUUAAAGGGGCUGGAGAAGUUGCAAGAAAAGCUAUGAGGGGAUUCGGGUGGAUGGAAUAGUGGGCACUCCAACUUAGGAGAAAAGCCUCAGCAAGAGCAGGGAGAUAGGAAGGUCUGAGCAUGCCUGAGGAGCAAGUGAGGGACUAACUUGACUGAAGUAGAGGGUUCGAGUUAAACGACUGGACAUGAAGUUGGAAAGGGAGGUUGUGGAGGUCUUCGCAACAGUAGAAGAGUUUGGGUGUUACUGGGUGAGUGAUAGAACACUCUGACUUCUUUUGCAAAUGGUUUAAUAAAGAGACAACAGGGGCCGGCUGAAUGGCACGUUGGUUAAGAGUUGGCUUGGGAGCACGAACUCUGAGCAGCAGG